ACUACUGACACUCCGAUGUACUUGCAAAAAAGGAACUUUAACACAAAUCCCCAAGGACUCAACACUACAAAAUGUGUUUCUGCUCGAAAAGUAAGUGCGGAUCAAAGCAGUCAUGAGGUCGUACAGGACAUAUCCUACUAUGACACCUCGUCUAAUUCUUGGAAGACGUUCCGAAAGAACUACAACGCUAAGGCAUGGGGUACUAAGAGCAAUCAGGUGGAUUUCUUCGAAUCACCUACUUCAUCUGGUCCAACCAUGACUUACCUUGUACUGUAUGCUGAAGCAGACUGUAUGGUGGUAAAGCUGCUCUACCGGAGCACUGAGAAGCAUCGUGCCUGCGAGUUCUUCGUGAAAGACGCCUACUUCAAGAACACUGAGGCACACCAAUGCUGCAACCACAUGUAUGAAAUCUCUUGUGAGCCAGCUGUGCAAAUUUUGUAUCAACCGGAAGAAUGCUCUACCUUGGAACAAAAGAAAAAUGGAUGAA